AGCCCCCUUAACAGCUAUAAGGCUAGGCUACGAGAUAAAACGGAUGUUAAGUGUAAAAUGGGCAGAGGGAAUCAAAAGCAAAGAUAAAACAGCAGCUAAUGACAGUAAGAGCUUCCUCAAGUUCAUGAAAUUCGAAUGGUCCACGAAAGUCACAAAAUUAGCAACAGUCACACUUCAAGUUCGUAGCUUCAACAAAGAAAAAAGUAUCCCUGAGCCAGAGGACAUUAUCAAAAUUCGGGAAAAGAUCCUUAAUGACAUCAAGAACUUCGAUGAAAAGAGCACAACGCCACAGAACUUCAGAUUUGCUGCAGAAGUAUCUCAGGCUAGAUUGUUGCUGUAUAACAAACGUCGAUCUGGCGAAAUAGAGGGUAUCAGGGUGAAGGACUAUGUGAGAAGGCAGCAAAGUGAGGUCAUUCAAAAAAAAAUUCUUAAUGGUCUCCCAUUGUCUUUUCCAUAA